AUGAAUGCUUCACCGUGGGACUAUUUCUUCGAAUCAACGAACGGGGAUGGCGUGGAAAAGCAUUUGGAAACGAUCCUUCGUGCCGAGCGCGUGUGUGCCGACAGUGAUUGGCGCUGGUUGGCGGCGGUUAGCAAAUUGAGGCAAAAUAGAUCGAUUUCCCUUGACGAAAUCGACGAUCACCACCUGAUUGCCUCGAUUUGCCCAACGAAUAAGCGAUAUUCGAUCGAAAUUUUGCCGACCGACGAUUUUCCCACAACUCCGCCAGAGAUUUCCUGUGAUUUUCAGGCGGGCUUCGACUUUAAUUGGCCGGAUAUGGAACAUUCCUUGUCUUCACUCCUCGAAUCUUUCGCCGAUUACGUGAAACGGAUCGAUUUUGUCGUCAACUCCCUGCAAGCUUGCGAUGGAUUCGACUUUGAACUAAAGGAAUUCGACUUGGACGACGAGGAGACGAAUGCAAUCGCCGCAACACUCAUCGUCAAAGAAACUGGAGAGGUUCUGCAGCUUCUCAUCGACCCUCUCGACCCGAAUUCUUUUCCCUGUCGCUUGUCCUCGUCGAUUCCAGAUCGCUUUCGCGGGCUUCAGUACGAUUGGAAUGUCGACGAGCCAUUGCUAUUUAAUUUGGAGAAUAUUUUGAGAGAAGCUGAUCAACGGGCUUUCGAAAAAGUGUCCAUUCUACCG